UUGACAUCCAACAUAGCUGUCUACGUUAUUGUACUCUCUCUAUCUAUCUGCUGUCCCCAUGGUCCUCUCUUCCUUCAUUAUAUCUCUCUCAUCACUCUCUCCUCUCACUCAAAACCUCCCUCGUAUCCAACACUCUUCUCUCCUUCCUCCUACUCCUAUAUAUCCCCUUUCCCCUUCUUCCACUAACUCCAUGUGUUUUAUUUCCCACUUCCCAAACCAAAACCAUUCAUUCUUUGCUUUCCUUCUGCUUCCAUAUUACCAGGUAAAACUUAUCAUACACAUACAUAACCCCACACAUACCUCUGCUUAUAUAUAGCAGCAAAACUAGCAUAGCUUAGCUUGCACUUUCAACAAUUACACACAAGUACACCAACCUCCACCUAGCAACCUAGUAACAUGUCUAGCCAAAGAUCCAGACAACAUUCAGGGUCUACAAGGAUCUCCGAUGACCAAAUCAUCGAGCUUGUUUCCAAAUUGCGCCAACUUGUUCCUGAGAUUCGCAGUAGGCGAUCUGACAAGGUUUCAGCGUCGAAGGUCCUACAAGAAACCUGCAACUACAUCAGAAGCUUGCACAGAGAGGUGAGUGACUUGAGUGAGCGACUGUCUCAGUUGUUGACCACAAUUGAUGCUGAUAGUGCUGAAGCGGGAAUCAUUAGGAGCCUACUUAAUCAAUAAGCCAUGAGUGUUAUGAUUUUUUCAUUCAAAGAGUGCUAAUUAUUAUAAGAGUGUACUUCAUUCUAGGUGUGCUGAGAGAGAGCCUGGGAGCUAUACUGUACCUCCCAUAUGGCAGGUAGGACAUUUCAUAACCAGAUGUUUUCUCUUUUGCCAAUAAAUUUUAAGUGCUUGUACCA